GGCGGCUCCUCGCCCACCCCACGCCGAGGGUGUCCCCUCUGCUGUACUGCGUGUAGGACAGACAGCUGCGAGUUCUUACACGUGCUUCUGGAUUUCUCCUUCCCUGGCCGCGGCUUUUUUUCCAGGUUAUGAGUGAAAACAUCAAAUAACAAUCGAGCUCAGAGAAUAAAGUACUAAAAAUAUUGUUUCGUGUAGAAGACCAUGAUAACUGUGACGAAGAUAUUAUUGCAUCACUUCGUUUUCUGAUACAACUUUUUUGCAGUAAAUUGCUUUUUUUAUUGUGCUGCAGCUUGCAUUAAAGUGUGCACAGAGAGGAUUGGAAUAAAUUGUGAAGCAGUGCAGCAUUUCUUGUGAAGAAAACUUCUGAACAGUGGCAAAUCAGGCGUUUUCCCCAGAGGCUGCUUUCCCUCAUGGGAGGCGGAGGGAGAGAUGGGACCCCAGGCUUCUUUCAAGGGCAAGCAGGAUACAAUGGGAAAGCACAAAAGAGAAUCUCUACAAACCUAUAGCUGGUGGAGAGGAUCACAGAAAAAGCGAAAGAAAAAGAACAAAAUGAAAGCAGGAAGAACAGACUAUGUUAGUCUCCUUAGUCUUCCUAUCAGGCCAGAGUUCUCAAUAGUUGUAGGAGAGUUAACUCCUGAAGUGGAUGAUUUUCAGCUCUUUGACUAUUUCGCGAAAAGGUACCCUUCUUGCAUUGACUGCAAAAUAGCCACAGACCUACUGGGAUAUUCCAGGGGGUAUGGCUUUGUCAGAUUUGGUGAACAAGGUGAUCAGAUGAGAGCACUGCAAGACUGCCAAAAUGCACCAGGUCUAGGUGGAAAACGAAUCCGACUGAGUAUAGGAAUUUCUAAAAGAAUGAAAGCAGAAUUCCAGCGGUAUCAGUCUUAUAACUAUAAUGAUUAUUGUCAAGAUUAUCAGAACUACUACUCACAGUGGGGUUAUGAUCCUUAUGCUGAAUACAACUAUAGCUAUCACUCCUAUGACAACAUGCAUCCUAUUGGGGACUCUGCUGUAGGAAACUCAAUGCUGAAUCCUGCUGUAUUUGAGAUGCAUGACUACAUUGAAAAUCCUUUUUAUCAGAUAAUGGAGACCUCAACUGUGGUUGAAAUUAAUGACGAACUAAUAACUGAAGAUCCACAGCUCCAUCUGGAUAUUGAUGAAAUGAACAGACAAUUUAUGGAGAGAAGUGAAGAACUCUAUGACUCCCUUAUGAAUUGUCAUUGGCAGCCUCUGGAUACGGUCACCUCUGAAAUCCCUACUGCUUUCUAAAAGUGUCUUACAUAAGUAUAUAGCAUGACCGUUAAGACCAAGGUGCUAACAUUACAUUACUCUAGACCAUAAGUUUUUAAGCACAAGGAUGGGUUGUUGUUUUGCUAAGCUUUUGACAGCUUUUGUAAUUUUUGUUCAUCACGCUACUCAUGAAGCAUCUUGAAAUCAUGUAAAUAUUCUAGAAAUGUAAAGAGUUGAAUAGAAUCUCAAGGUAGACUUGCUUGUGUAAAUAAAAUCUUGUUUCUGCAAACUUGUCAGUUGGGAAUUUCACUUUCAUAUGUAGUUUAUACAGUUUCUCUUUUGGAUUUGCAGAAUUCAAAUGUUCUCCUUAUUUCCAUAACUUUCUAACUUUUUCUUUGGAACUGGUACUAUACUAUAGAAGGAUAUAGCUGGUGUGAACACUAGAUCUAGUCCUAAAGAAAGAUCUGAAAGUAAAAUAUGUUCACAGCUAUAUUUGUAAGAUGAUGUUGGCUCAAUUAGCUAUCAACCAUCAGUCUUUGGGACUCCCAUGAUGGAGAACUCCUAUAGCUCUUCAGCUUCCUGACACUGAAGGAUUGCACUUGGCCAACCACUUGCUCCAUUGGUGGUUUUUGUUUUUAAUAACUAAUUUAAGUUUAAAAUUAAACUGAUUUAUCUUAUGCAAUGAUAUGCAGCUCUGGCAGUUAGCAUCUGGCAAUUCUGCCCACCUAUUUAAUAUACUGUUUGUUGGUAGUCUACAUCUCUUUCCACGGUGUUCAAAGAUUUGUGGAAACCUUGCCAAUAUCCUUGUAAUCUGACAUCUAUAUUGGACUCUGUACAUAGUAAACCAUGUUGUGUCCUUAUAA